AUGGCUAUCCCGCUGACGUCAUACGAAACAGCCCUAUGCGUGGUCCCUCCAUCGCAGGGAGCUGGAGAUAUCGACCGUCUCCGGGCAUUAUACGACAAAGCACAUGGAAGAUGGCCACCACAUGCCAACCUGAUCUACCCAUUUGUGGUGCCAGAGAUGCUUCCCCAGGCAUCAACCAUCGUGCAGUCUACCUUAAUCGCCCGGAAGGAAGUUGACCCCAUCCGUCUUCGUUUGGACACGUCGGACUUCUUCUGUCACAGACGCAGCAGUACAGUGUAUCUCACCGAUGGUGGCAGUAAAGGGCUGAACGCCUUGAUGCAGCUGCAACGAGACAUUAUCGAGGCUUUCAGUGGUCAGCCACAGACUCCUGGACGACUGCAUCUCACAAUCGGUCAGAGCGACGCAGACGAUUUUGCUCAGAGACAGUUCCUCCUGGAGAAAGUUCGCUUGAUUCCUGUCGUUGAGUGGGAGGUGGGAGAACUGGUGAUACUAAUUCGUGAUCGAUCGCAGGGACAGGACACUGCUUCUAGUCCCAUGGUGGUCUGGGGAACUAUUUCACUCUCGGGAGAGCUUACGGUGGCCAGAAGCGUUCGUUUCAGAGACGAGGGGGAGCUCGUAUCAAGUACUCCGUCAUCGUCUCCCCGGGUAGAAACUACAUUCCAGUUCUCACCAGCUGAGGACGACACAGGUGAGGGACAGUGGAAAGCACUUCCAGAGUGCGCUCCGCAGCUCCAAGGCGGCCAGCAGAUCGAAUCCCCGGUGACUGUGGCGUCGUAUAAUGUCCUUAUUGACUCGCCUCAUCCGCCUCCUACAGAGAGAUAUCCUAUCCUCCUGCGGAGUCUGCUUUCCGACGCCGCAACGGCCGAUAUUCUGAUCCUGCAGGAAGUCUCCGAUAGCUUCGUCUCCUUCCUUCUCCGAGACGAGGCGAUCCGUCUCCGGUACCCCUUCGCUACACAUGGACCCCCCGAUCAAGCUGAGAUCGGUCCGUUGAACAGCUUGCGAAAUAUUGUCGUUCUCAGCCGCUGGCGAUUCCAAUGGGAAUGGCUGCCGUUUGAGAGAAGACAUAAAGGCGCCGUGGUACUGCAACUGGAAAACUGGGGGACCUUCCACGACUCCAAAUUCUGCCCUCUCGUGGUAACGGGAGUCCAUCUGACCUGUGGUCUCGCCGAUGGUUCCAUCAUGGCGAAACGGUCCCAACUCCAGACGAUUCUCAAGCAUCUGUCCAGGAACUAUCCCAACAGCCACUGGGUGGUGGCGGGGGAUUUCAACAUCACCACCUCGUCGUACACGAUCGAGAGCGCGCUGAAGCGCAAGUCGAUCUCCGUGUCAGCCGCGUCGGUUUUGUCCUCGCUGGAUGGCAUGUUUUCCGAGGUUGGUCUGUCUGAUUGCUACUUCGCCGGACGUGCCAGCGGCACCGCUAGCAGUAGUCUGGGGAAGCUCCGGGACAAGGUGCCUGAUUUUGGAGAGCUAUAUGAAGGCGAAGAGGGUGCCACGUUUGAUCCGACUGCGAACGAGCUCGCAGCACAAAUCGCCGGACAAAGCUUCCACAGUCGGCCACAGCGAUACGAUCGAAUUCUUGUGCGAUGCGAUGGAUUCCAAGUUCUGUCGUUUAACUUAUUUGGGUUCCCCAGCGGGGAUGCAGACCAGCUUGCCAGCGAUCACUGGGGGGUUCGAGCGACCUUCCAGCUGGAUCAUCCCGCGACCGGGGAUGAUUGCAUAGGGGAAGAAGCGUCAAUUGAUAUUGCAAAGGCUCCGUCGAGUCUCGGAGGCGUGGAAGGCUUGAAGACAUGUCUGAAGGAGUGGGAGGCCUUCCCAUCCGAUACCGAGAUUGCACAGCGGAAAGAUAUCUUCGAGAUGAUCCACGAGCUGGUGAACCAGCGCGACACCAAUCUGCCAGCGGACAUGCGGUGGAAUCUGAAGUUUGUGGUUGUCCCGGUGGGAUCCUAUGGAUUGGGCGUGUGGAAUCGCUCGUCGGACAUGGAUAUUCUCGUCCUCGGACAGGUGAACCCGCGAACGUUCUUCACUCUGAUGAUGGCAAAGCUGCGACGCGCCCCAGAUGGCGAAGUGCAGCUUCUCCGAAAGGUCAAGGCAGCGUCUGGAACGAUGUUGGAGUUGAGGGUUUGUGGUGUGCGCCUUGAUCUGCAGUAUUGUGCUGCCACUCGCGUAGUGGAAAGCUGGCCGCAAGCCUUGGAACUCCCCGUCGACGAUUCGACCUUCCACCUCCCAAUGCAGUCAUUACUCAAACUCAACUCACUGCGCGACAUGCACUAUCUGCAACGCACGAUCCCCGACCUUGCUUCAUUCCGACUUGCCUAUCGAAUGAUCAAGAUCUGGGCACAGCGACGCGGCAUCUACUCCUCCAAGCUGGGGUAUCUGGGAGGAAUGCACAUAGCGCUACUUCUGUCACGAAUCUGCAAGCUCUCCUUCCGUCAGACGGGUACCAUAUCCGCCGUGGACAUGGUAUCCACGUUUUUCAAGCACUAUGCACGAUUCGACUGGACGCAGGAUAUCAUCUACGACCCCGGUUUCUAUCUAUCCGUCCCGCGAUACUUCCGAUCAGCUCGGGAGCCAUUGGUGAUUCUAACCCAGCAUGCACCCAAGGUGAACGUUGCGCGUGCGGCGUCUCAAUUGUCGACUAGGACGCUGGAGCAAGAGUUUCAACGGGCUGAUCAACUUUUCUCAAUGCCCGAUGUGACGUGGGACCGGGUGGCUGGCGCGGUGGAAGGGUCCAGCGGGGAAGAGGAUUUCCUCCGGUCGUAUCGCAGCUACGCUAAGGUGGAUGUGCAGUACUGGGGUGCCGCGACAAAGGGUAGGAUGCUUGUCGGGUGGGUGGAAUGGCGAUGUGUGUCUCUUCUUGUUGACAUCCAUCGAAAAUUCUCUGAUAUCCACGCUCGGAUCUGGCCGUCUCGGUUCACGAACAUGGAGGAGGACGAGACGACGAAAGAGUACCAAGGGUGCUAUCUGAUCGGUCUGAGCAGAACCACAAACCCGACCACACCGAUGAGUGAGGCCGAGCGACAAUCAGCACAGAUAUCCCUCCUGGCAGUUCUAAAUGCAUUUGCGGAUCAGAUCCGCAGCGACGAGAACUACUUCGACCGGUCAUCCAGUUGGGUCGACGUCAGUCUCGUCCAGCCGGGUUCACUGAAAGGUCUACGGGUGGAUAAUUUCGACUGGGGCGGGACAUACGAAGACAUGGGGUUGGAUGAUUCGGACGAUGAGGAGAUCGACCUUGAAGACGACAAUUUGGAUGAGGGUGAAUCGCAUCCCCGUCGACGCAACAUCUCUGGUCGUGGUGCUCGCGGGGUCGCGAUGCCCGAGGGGGUGAAGUUGCGGUCUGCCAACGACGUACUCAAUCGACUCCGGUGGGAUGCAGAGCUGGAUAUGGAGGAUUACAUCGUUGGAUAUGAUGAUCGGUUCCUGGGGGAGAGGGAGAUGCCCGUGGGACAGUGGAAGGCGGAGUUGACGGACGAAGCUUUUAUUCCUAUGCAUCGGAUUCUGUAUUUCAAGAGGAAGAGUGAUGGAGUGAGGGUGUGGGAUCGAGAGACGCGGAGGGAUUUAAUUUUUGGGAGCGGUCUUAGUCUAUGA